AUGAAGGGCAUAAGUUCUUGGUUAACGGGCAUGACGGGGUCUCCAACGACUAAUAGUACCGAGCACCCGUCAGCCAGCCGCACAAGCCCCGACGCAUUCACUGGCGGUUCCGCUGUCGCUCCUACACCUUCUUCCUCACACUCCGUCGAUUCGCCUUCGCCCUCACCACAGCCCGCCACUCCCGACGACUCGACACCAGUCUUUGCCGCCCGUCGCAACGUAUUUGGCGACUGCGCUCCCGCUCCUCUCAAGACUGACGGCAUCGCCACGCCCAACAUCCGCGGCUCGGCCAGUGCAUCGCCAGUUGAUCGCUACCUUACGCCCGACGGCAGACUGAAGGAGGUCGAGGCCCCUCCUCCCACCAUCACCACCACCGCCGCCGCUGCCGACACCUUGACCAACUACCAACUGCACGACCAGGACUUCGACAUGACGACCGGACCAAACCUCGAGCCGGCCUUUGGCCGCUCCCGCCAGGACUCCUUCGUGAGCACGGGGCCCAAGCCCAUCUCCAUGAAUGCCAACAACAUUCGUGACCAAGGCCGCGGCCGCCGCGAGUCGCUCGCCGGCAGUCUCAUGAACGGCAUGAGCUGGGGAGGCAUCUCCGUCGGUAGUUAUAUUAGAGAUGAUUUGGCCAUGGCUGGCACGUCGCCCUUCCUGGGCGCCCAGUCGCCGCACUCGAACUCGUAUGUCCCCAAGAUGGAGGCCGAGUUCCUGCGCAACUUCAUAUGUUGCGACCAGCAACUAGACACCAUGCACGACCUUUUGCGCCAUUAUGAGACAGUUCACACGAAUUCGAACUCUCAGGUGAGACCAAACGUUAUGGGGCACCGCCUCUCCAUUAGCAGGCCAUCCAUCUCGAAUGGAUCGGCUAGUGGCAGACGGGACUCGCAGGGCUUCCCGCCUCAGGGCCAGUUCGGCCUUGGGCAGCAGAACAGGUCCGCGCUCGGCAACGGUAAUGCCGGCUUCGGCUUUGGGGGCAUGCAGAUGGGCAGACAACAGUCCGGCAUGCAGAAGUCCUCUGGUCUGAUGGACAUGACUACCAAUGAUGAGUUGGAAACCAUAGGCGACAUGGAGAUGGACGAUGCUGUCGGCCCAAUGGAACUUGACGACAGCAAUCAACGGGCUAUCCAGCAGACUCGCCAGAUGUUUGGUCAACAGCAGCGCCCUCAGCUGUCUCUCAACCUGAAUGGCACGGGCAUGUCGCAACAAGCCCUGCGGACCUCGCAGCCCUCGACGCCCGGUGCUUCAGGCUUUGGCUUCCAGAACAAUCCGACUGUCUCUUCCGUUAACACACCAACCCUGGCGACGACGCAAACGCAGAACAACCCGCUGGCCGCAAAUAACGACGAUCCAAUGUCGGCUGUUGCCAAUAUGAACCUGGGCGACUUCUCUGCAUUUGGUAGCGAUCUCUCCAGCUUCAUUGACGAUCCGGCGAAGCGGUUGUACAGCCCCAAUAACAACAGCGCCUUGGCUCAGCAGCGCCUGCAGCAGCAGAUGGCCCAGUUCGGGCUGGACCAGUCGCAGUUUGCGGAUAUUACCGACCCGCAGCAGAUGGCAAUAAUCCAGCGCGCCAUCGGCACAACCAACGGAACUAUAGUCAUGCCCCCCGAAGAGGACAAGCCUUUCAAGUGUCCUGUCAUCGGGUGUGAGAAGGCAUACAAGAAUCAAAACGGGUUGAAAUACCACAAGCAACACGGCCACCAAACCCAGCAGCUGCAUGAAAACGGAGACGGUACGUUUUCCAUCGUCAACCCGGAGACGUCGGCACCGUAUCCUGGCGAAAUGGGUAUGGAGAAAGAAAAGCCCCACAAGUGCGAGUACUGCAAUAAACGGUAUAAGAACCUUAACGGUCUCAAAUACCACAAACAACACUCGCCUGCCUGUGAGGCUGCCGCCCAGGUUGCCGGUCUCAAGGCGGCUUGGGCUGCCAAUGCCAGCAACCAGAUGAAUCUCAAUAUGUCCAACAUGUCGACCCCCACCAUGUCUGGUCUUUCCAUGGGCGCGCUGAACAUGUCGGGGCUCCCCGGGAUCGGCGAGGACAUGCAGAUGUGA